UUACAAGCUCGGGUAAUUUUAUUGACCUGUACAAUGUGCUUAUUAAGGCUGAAGAACAAGUAGAGACCACAAAUCAGGAAGUUAUUAGGAGCUAUUUUGCUUUUGGAAAAAAGCUUAAGGAAAGUAGCAUAGGUGAGGAUAAAAUUCAACAGGUGAAAUCUUACUCAGCAUUGAGAAUUUCUAAAUUAAGUUGGGAUGAAAUUGAUGCUAUAGAAAAGGAGUUUGAAUAA